UGGCUGAGCGUCUGCCUUCAUUUCAUCUCAGGGCGUGAUCCUGGGGUCCUGGGUUCAAGUCCUCUAUCGGGCUCCCCGCAGGAGGCCUGCUUCUCCCUCUGCCUUUGUCUCUGCCUCUCACAUGAAAAAAUAAAUACAAUCUUAAAAAAGAAAAGAAAAGACCUGGGUUCCAUCAAUGGUCCUUGUGAUUUUUGUCUUGAAACUUGGUGCUGUGCCCCCAUGACAAUGGAACUUGGUGCGGUUCGUUCAUUUAUUAAAUCUUUAAAAAAUCUGUUGGGCACUGACAUCCUCCAGACAUUGUUUUAUGACCUGGUCAGAGAGACCGAGCGCAACAGCAGAUUUCAGGUGCUGUUUGUCUGGCAGAGAGAGCAGGUGCCUGGCCGUGCACGCGUGUUAGUUGGUUCUGGGUGCACGAUGACUCUCGAAAGGCAGGUGCGGCCGGCCUCCCGGCAUCUCAAACACGAGGUCCCCCCAGCCUGGAUGCUCGGUUGUGGGCGUGAAUUCAGGGCUGACCCUGGAUCCCCCGGGUCAGGAAGUGAAUACCAGGGCCUGGUGAAGCAUACGGGAGGCUGCCACUGUGGAGCAGUUCGCUUUGAAGUUUGGGCCUCAGCCGACUUGCACAUCUUUGACUGCAACUGCAGCAUUUGUAAGAAGAAGCAGAAUAGACACUUCAUUGUCCCGGCUUCUCGCUUCAAGCUCCUGAAGGGAGCCGAGAGCAUAACCACAUACACGUUCAACACGCACAAAGCCCAGCACACCUUCUGUAAGAGAUGUGGCGUUCAGAGCUUUUACACUCCCCGCUCAAACCCUGGAGGCUUCGGGAUUGCCCCACACUGCCUUGACGAGGGCACCGUGCGGAGCGUGGUCGUUGAGGAGUUCAAUGGCACCGAUUGGGAAAAGGCCAUGAAGGAGCACAAGACCAUCAAGAACAUGUCUAAGGAGUGAGCUCCUGCUUCUUCCUUCCUGAGAUGGAGGAACGACUGGGGCCAGCAGCCGGGCCGUGCCGUCCCCACCGCACCCAGUGCCUGUGACCGUGGCUGCCCCAGACCCCUGGGCCCGUUGGCCAGCAGCCCCCUUGAUCUCUGCAUUUCGCUCAGCUACCAGCUUAUCUAGGCAGCUCUUUGUCCUUUCAGCCCAGAUUUUGAUGUAGGUUAGUCGACAUCCUUUCUCUUCUCAACUUUUGUGUGAUCUUUUAGAAGAAUAAAUAUUUUUAACAUGAAA